UUGGCAUAGGCUAGCCACAGCUUCUUCUCAAGUGGACCGUGGUGCCUGCUGUUGAGGCGGGGCAUGGGCACUGAGGCGGUCUCAACAGCUCAGAGAGUUCUUGAGGGGACACGAUGAGCAUGAGGAGACAGUUUUGUCCAUAGUCCUGCACUGCGGUAUCUAAUUGGGGACCCAUACAAGUCCAGCCUGUGUUGCCUGCGUUAUUUUUGGUGCAAGAGAUUUAUGAAAUGAUUCCAAGCAAACAGCCUUGGCUUCUCGGAUCGUCAGGUUGUUACGAUUGCUGCGUCCGCUGCCUUGGGGGGAUUCCUUAUGUCUCCCUGGUGGCGACUCUGCUGUGCUUCUCGGGAGUGGCACUGUUCUGCGGCUGUGGGCAUGUGGCGCUCACCGAGACAGAGAAGCUUGUGGAAAUGUACUUUGCCCACAAUCACCAAGACUACAUCAUCCUGGCUAAUUUUGUACAGUAUUUCCAGUAUGUCAUCUACGGCCUGGCCUCUUUCUUCUUCCUGUACUGUAUCUUGCUGCUGGCUGAGGGAUUCUACACCACUAGCGCCAUCAAGCAGACCUACGGAGAUUACAGGAGCACUAGAUGUGGCCGCUGUAUCAGCACGACGUUUGUGGUGGUCACAUACAUCCUGACUGUCAUCUGGCUGGUGGUGUUUGCCUUCUCAGCAGUCCCAGUCUACUUCCUCUACAACAUGUCCUUCACCUGCCACACAAUAAACUUGCUGACUGAGAGUUCAUCAAGUCUCAACCAACACGGUUGGGUGUGUAUUGAUGCCAGACAGUAUGGCCUGCUACCCUGGAAUGCAACUCCAGGGAAAGUGUGUGGACUGACCCUGGCGGCCAUUUGCAAAACUAAGCAGUUCUUCUUGACGUAUGACCUGUACGUAGCUGCUUUUGCUGGUGCUGGGAUCACGCUGCUGGCCUUGUUUGUCUAUGUGAUUGCCACCACCUAUAACUUUGCAGUGAUGAGGUUUAUGGGAAGGAAGAGCAUGACUCGUUAGGAUUGUAUUCUGUGUCCUCCCUGGGUCCCACCACUGAGGCCCAGUCUAAGGAAGGUCCUUUAGGAGCACCAUGAAACUCGCCUCUCCUUCGCUGCUAGAAUCCCCUGCAACUGCAAACAGCAAGCUGCCUUUAUUUUCCACAAGGGCUCCUAAUGUAUUUAAAUUGUCCUUGUUUUGAAGAGGACACUGAGAGUUGAACAUAGCUCCUGCUCUUUAUUGCUUAAUACUACAUUUCAACUUUUGCCUAACUCCAACAUGAGCUAUUGCUCUGGUGCGGGGUUCUGUGCCAUCUCUGUGAAACUGCUCAAAGAUUCAAAGGACAUUGCCUCUUAUUGGUUUAUUGUCAAAAUGUAAAAUGCUUAUCUUUUUAGGUUUCUUGCUAAAUUAUUGAGUAUUCGAGUAUAUAUAUCUUAGGAGUCAGUAUUUCUAUUCCUGUUUUGUGUCUUUGAUGGAUUAGACUCCACUAUAUAAGGAGAUAUCACAGAACACACUUAAAAUUAAAACUGAAUCAACACAAAUAAGCUUUUUAGACCAGUGCUCAUGUGAGCAACUUGUUUAAAAUUUAACAAAUCUUUGAGUGACGUCUGAGGAUGAAUUGUAGUUUCAACGUUCCUUAUUAUAAAGAAGGCAGGUACAGUACGUGAAGAAAAGCUGUUUUCACCUGAAAAGAUACAGAUGAUUUAGGGUGAAGGAAGACAUCAAAUCACUUGGGAAUGUGUGAUACGCUCUAGUGAGGAUCAUGAGAAGUAAAUAGCAAUGCAAAAACCCCCUUCUAUAUUUUUGUCCGAAGCUCAUUAUUGUUUUUGCCUAUGAUCGUGUCAGUAGUUCGGCAGAGACCAGAAUCGAGUUUAAAGGUAUGUGAAGUGGGGCUCCCCCUGGUGCGGGCAUUUGGUAAAACACAAGUAACACCCUAAGAACCGUUACUAGCAGUUUAUAACUGAAAUUUGCCAUUUGUUCAUCGUUCGCCAUAUGUGUGAUGUACAGAAAUGAAUUUUACAGAAGGUGCUAAAUCAGGUUAAAUGUGUAAUUGAGCCCUUUCCUAUUUGGAUAAUUCUUUACUAAAAUCCAGCAAACAUUUAUUUGACACACACAUACUGCUUUUAAAUAUCAUUUGGCCUGUUAAGAAGUGUGUCUAGUGAACUGUUUAUAUUGCUAGGCUGCAUAAUGUCAUGCUUAAUUUGCAUCCAACUGCAUGGGUUGUGUAUUAGAUGCUAUGAUCUGGUGAUGAUAAAAUGGUGGAUGUCUUUAAACAUUUUUCUGCCUGCUCUUCAGAUGACUGUAGUUUCUGAUUCCAUAAUAAAGUCAAUUUAUGAAUAAA